AUGGGUAUUAUCUUUAGUUGUUGUAGAAAUGGUGAUGUUGAUGAGAACGAAGCACUCCUAGCAGGCCAGCAGAAUGGGUAUGGUGCAGACAAUGAACAGGAUUACAAUGAAAUGCAACGUCAGCUUAAAGAGCAAGAGGAAAGGGCGCUCGCAAGGGAAGCCCAAUUGAGGGAGAUCGUAACCAAUACAAAUGACAAGCUGAUAGAUAUAUCGAUGAUAAGCAAUAGCGGAAUCGUGGUCCCUGGAAGUGAUAUUAAAUCGAUGAACAGCGAAAACAUGCAGAGAUCAACGGAAUUGGGUAAUGAUAAUGAGGCAAACAAGAGGAACUGGAUUAAAUUGGAUUCGAAGAAGCAUAUGUCACGUGUCAUGAAGGAACAACUUAAGACUAUGCAUGGGGUUGUAUUUGGUCAAUUGGAACAGGACUUGAAGUUAGAACCACCUGGCAACUUAACUGUAACUCUAUAG